UCAAAAAUUGAGGCUGAAGUUAAUAUAUUGGAAGCAUUUGGAAGCGUGCUCGGCUCGCACUAUAAUAAAAUGUUAGAAUCACAAAGUAUUAAUUAUUGGACAAUAUUUGAUUACUUAAAUGAAGAUUGCUGGCGUGCUGUGCUGCAAUAUGUGCCCAUCCUAGACCUCAUUCGGACUGAGAGCACCAGCCGACAAUGGCAGAAAAUAGUCCUGCAGUACCUACAAGGAAUUAAUAUAUGCAUAUUAGAUCACAGUGACUUAGCCAACAGAACUAAGCCUAAUGCUCAUCUGUUGAAAAUACCUCACUCUAGGUAUGCCCUUGAUUUCAAGUCAUUUAAUAAAUGGAUCGAGAAACUUGGCCCGCCCAUUGUGGCCACAUACUGCAACAAUGUGGAAACAUUAAUACUAAUUAGAGAAAACUGCCCUAAUUUAGAAAGCUUGACUCUUGAAAGUUUUCAUAACCGAUGUAGCUGCUGUGGUUUGUUCGAAUGUUUCCCGUACAAUUUGAACAUGGACUUCAAGUGCUUGCAAGGGCUGUACAUUAUUUCAUGCAAUGUGUCGGACCACUGUGUUUCCCAUUUUAUAGCAGAUAAAGCUGUAGAAGAACUAGAAUUUAACAAUUGUACUAUAAUGACGGGGGAUUUUUUCAAUACUAUAGACUUGUCAAACUUGGGAACUCUUGUCCUAGAAUAUUGUGACGAUUUAGAUGCUGAGAACUUAUUUUGUGCAAUCGAGCGUCUUGGAGACCUGAAAAAGUUAGUCCUUAACAAUUUGCAUGCCGACAUAUACAAAAGAAUACAAGGAAUGCUGGAUAAGAUGCCCAAAUUGGAAUAUCUAGAACUAUAUAAUGAGAGAGAGAGAAUGCCUUGCUAUGACUAUAAGCCUUUAUUACGUUUGACUCAUUUGAAGUAUCUCCAGGUGAAUAUCCAAUUGCCCGAUGAAGCCGCGGAAGGUAUACUGCAGGGUUGCAAGGAUUUGAGGACUUUAGAGUUUUGGGACUGUUCUGAAAUGAGCAAGAGCUUCGUGACACGGGCGCUGUGUCGGUGGGGCGCGCGGCUCUGCAAGCUGUAUCUGAUGUCGCUGGAUUUGGACGACGAUGACGUGGUAGCCAUCAUUAGCACCUGCCCCCAGCUCACGAAGUUGCUAGUGGAUUCCCAGCUGUCGCCCGCGCUGCCGGCGCGCGCGGCGGCGGCGCGGCGCGCGGUGCGGCCGGGUGCCAUGUUGCGGCUCGACGUCUCCGGGACCUGCUUGCCGUACCCGGACGAACUGAUGUUAAGAGCCGAACCAAAUAAUGACUCUGAAGGUCUUACAAUACUGGAUUACCUAAACGAGGACUGCUGGAGGGCAGUGCUGCAAUUUGUGCCAGUCCGAGACCUCGUCUGCAGUGAGCGCACCAGCCGUCUUUGGCAAACAUGGGUGCUGAUGUACUUGAAAGGAGUCCGAGUAAGUAUAGUGGAUGAAGAUGAUAAACCUAAGAAGACUCAUCCAAAUGCUUGUACUUUGAAAGCAUCAAACGAUGAUUACGAGUCAUUUAUCAUGUGGACCAACAAAGUAGGCACAUCAGUGGUAGCAGCUUACUGCAACAGCUUUCAGACAUUGAAAACAAUAGAUGAAAACUGCCCCAAUUUGGAAAGUCUAAUGCUGACCAACAUAAGAGAAAACGCUGAUUCAGAAGGAAUGUGCCCAUACAAUCUGAAUAAAAGCUUCAACCGUCUACAGGGGCUGCAUUUUAAUAGAUGUCUAGUAUCAGACAACUUCAUUGACCAAUUCAUAAAAGAUAAAGCUCUAGAAGAACUAGAAAUUGGUUACGACUGUUGCACCGUGCGUGGAGACUUCUUAAACACAAUAAACCUGUCGAACUUAAAGUCUCUCCGCUUAGAAUUUCUAGAACUCUUCGAUUCCGAACACUUGCGUUCAGCUGCUGACCAACUCAGCGAGUUGACGAAGUUGGUGAUCAUAGAUAUGCCAUUUGAAACUGCCGAAGAAAUACAACAUGUGGUGGAUAAGAUGGAGAAAUUGGAAUAUUUUGAAUUAUAUGAUGCUCAUUGGAUGACUUGUGGUGAUUAUGAGCCUAUAUCGCGAUUGACUCGAUUGAAAUUUCUCCGACUGUCGAUGAGUGUGCCCGAUGAAGGCGUGGAAGCUAUUCUCGAGGGUUGCAAGGAGUUGGAGACCUUGGAGCUGUUAGAUUGCAGAUCCAUAACCGGGAGUCCUGUGUCGGAGCCAUUUCGCCACGGGUGUCAGCUCCGCUCGCUCACGCUGCAUAAGUUCCAUUGCAUGGGGGAUGAUGACCUGGUGGAUAUCAUCAGCUCCUGCCCGCAGCUCACGUCACUGGUGGUGAGCGCGGCGAAUUUGUCGCCCGCGCUGCCGGCGCGCGCGGCGGCGGCCCGCAGUGCGGUGCGGGCUGGCUCGCGGCUGCGGCUCGACCUCAGCGACACCAUACUGGUGGAGCCCGAACAGCUGAAAGAACGCUACGGCGAAUAUGAACCAAUGAAGACUGAAUACGAAGACCUGAUUAUUGACCUGACUGUAAAAGACAACUAAUUUUUCUAUUUCUCUAAGUCACUGUACAAGCUGUGAUGAUAUGUGAAGAACAACAAAGUUAUACAUUUAAAAUGUACCUAAUUUUGUUUAGAAAAUAUACAGGUUAUGAGUACC